AUGGCGGCGGCGGCGGCGGAGGAGGAGGCGCGGCUGCUGGCCUGGCUGCGCGGCCCGGCGGCGCCCGGCGGCCCCGAGCUCGCCGCUUAUGUGUCGGAGCUGGCGGCGCUGGGGCUGGCGGAACUGGGCCGGGAGCCGGCGCGGUUGGCGGCGGAGCGGGCGCGGGUCGGAGCCGAGACGCGCCGCCUCGCUUUCGAGCACUAUCGAGCCUUCAUCCGCUCCGCCGAGUGCACUGGCCGCGCCGGCCGCGGCUUCGGCGGCAUCGAGAGCCGUCUCGGCAGCUUGCUGGAGCGGCUGCCCGCCCUGCAGGAUGCUUGCCGGACCUUCAUGCGCGAUGCUGAGGCCAUUGCCUGUAGCCGGCGCAUGAACAGCCUGACCCUGAACCGGCACACGGAGAUCCUGGAGAUCCUGGAGAUCCCGCAGCUCAUGGACACCUGUGUCCGCAAUGGCUACUAUGAGGAGGCGCUGGAGCUCACGGCCUACGUGCGCAGGCUGGAGAGGAAGCACAGCAGCAUCCCCGUUAUCCAGAGCAUCGUGGAGGAGGUGCGCCAGUCCGCCCAGAUGAUGCUGAACCAGCUCAUCCAGCAGCUGCGCACCAACAUCCCUCUGCCCGCCUGCCUGCGCGUCAUCGGCUUCCUGCGCCGCAUGGACGUGCUCACCGAGGCCGAGCUGCGCGUCAAGUUCCUGCAGGCGCGGGACGCCUGGCUGCGCUCCAUCCAGGCCUCCAUCCCCGACCACGACCCCUACGUGCACAUCACCAAAACCAUCGAGGCCUGCCGGGUGCACCUGUUCGACAUCAUCACCCAAUACCGCGCCAUCUUCUCGGACGAGGAGCCGCUGGUGCCGGCUGAGGGAGCGGCGCCCAGCGAGGGGGCCAUCUUCCACGGCUGGGUGCUGCAGAAGGUCUCCGAGUUCCUGCGGAUGCUGCAGCGUGACCUGGACCGCGGGGUGGGCGGCCGGCUGGACUCGCUGCUGGGGCAGUGCAUGUACUUUGGGCUGUCCUUCAGCAGGGUGGGCGUGGAUUUCCGUGGGCAGCUCGCCCCCCUCUUCCAGCGCGUGGCUGCCGAUGCCUUCAGGAAGGCGGUGGAGGAGGCGGUGGAAAAAUUCCGUGAGGAGAUGAAUUCCUACACGCUGAUCUCGGCGCCAGCCGUGCUGGGGGGCAGUACAGGAGUGCCGGUGCCCACAGCCCAGCCUGGGACGCUGCAGCCCCCCAUGGUGCUGCUGGACUUCCCACCCCUUGCCUGCUUCCUCAAUGGGCUCCUCGUUGCCUUCAAUGACCUGCGGCUCUGCUGCCCCAUCGCCCUAGCACAGGACAUCACUGCCUGCCUGGACAGUGCCCUUGGUGAGGUGACCAAAACCAUCCUGGCCUUCCACCGUGCAGAGGAGGCAGCUUUCAGCGGGCGGGAGCAGGAGCUCUUUACCCAGUUUUGCACAGCCUUCCUGGAGGACCUGCUGCCCUACCUGAAUCGCUGCCUCCAGGUGCUUUUCCCUCCAGCACAGAUUGCACAGGCACUGGGUGUUCCUCCCAUGCAGCUGCAGCGUUUUGGCCGCCUGGGCUGCAUCGACGUGGCCGCUCUCAGGGAGCCGCUGGCUUUCCUCCUUCCGCCGGCACCGGGCGACGAGGAGCCAUCCCCGGAGAACGCCCCGGACGCGGAGGGGGAACACGCGGCCGUGCCCACCGAGCCCCAGGCCAGCCCCUCCGGGGACGCUGCUGUGCUGCCGGGUGACCCGGUGGCCACGCUCUAG